CUUGAGAUUUUAAUUUUUACAGUUGGUAUUAUAGUAAACCAAAGCAAGAGACGGUUUUGUGCGUAUUCUAAAAAUAAAGUGAAAUUAUAAAGUUUUUAAGGUCACAUCACGAUAUGGUUUUUAAGUGCACAACUUUAAGAAAAAUCAAAAUACAAACAUUGACUUGACAUUACAAACAUUGUGGAAUUAAAGUUUCCAGAUUUACGUGGGAAGUUUAAAAAUGGAAGAUCUUUCAAGCUUUGAGGAAUUUUAUGCUUUAAAAAAGUUAUGCCAUGAAGUUGCAAAUGAUUGCAAUAAUGAAGAUUAUAUUAAUUCUAUUAAAAAUAUUAUUGCAAAAUCCUCGAACACUUUUAUAAAUGUUACCCAUGCUCAUAUAUUAUCAGCAUUAUAUCCUAUUUUAAAAAAGGUUUCUGAAGAUAAGAAAAUGUUUUCCAAUGAACACAAACAGAAUAUCAUCGAAACUCUCAAUGAACUAUUUAAAAAAUUUAAAUUAGACAAAAAAGGUGUAUUUUUUAAUAUCUAUGCCUUUUUAUUAUCUGAAAUCUAUGAUCAUGAAAAACACAUUGUUUUAAAUAUAAGUGAAGAAUAUAAAUUAAGUAUAUUGGAUUGUAUGACUUCAUUGGCAAAAUGUUUAUCUUCCGAAGUCAUUUUCGAUAUUUAUACAAAAGAAAAUGCUCCUAAAUUUUGCCAGAUGCUCUAUGUUGCUCUGGAAAUUGCAAAAAAAGAACAAAUGAGGAGUCUUAGGAUUGCAGCAGUGGAAUGCAUUUUGGCUAUUGCUCAAGUUCUGGAUGACAAGGAUUUCAAUGAUGUAGUUAUUAAAAAUCAGGUCUCAGAAGUGUUUCUGUAUUUUAUACCAGGGAUUGCUUCUGGGUUAAAAGAUAUUGCCUUAUUAGAUGAAAAAGUUGGGCAUAAAAUACCUGUGAUAGCCCUUAAAGCAUGGGGCAGGUUAGUGUCCAUUCUAAUGGCCCAUUAUGGGGCACCUGAUGAACCAUUUAAUAUGAAAAAUCUUAAAAAUAUUUUAAAUAAGGAAGAUCUUAAGUAUAAUAAUAAAAGCAGGCAUUUGGAAAGUUCUAACGAUGUAGAGGAAUAUUUGAAUUCUCAAAAAAGAAAUUCUCAGUGGUAUAAAACAGCAGAUAGUAAAAUGAAAAUAAUGGUGUUGGGAUUCUGUAAAUUAGUUUAUCAUUCACAUUAUAAAGUAAGAUUGGAGUUGGUGGAAAUGAGUGGGCUAUUAAUAGAAGAUUGUUAUAGAAAUAUACCCUCAACAAUAGGCAAUUUAAUUGAAAUUGUUAUAUCACUAUCAGAAGACGAAAAUGAUGAAGUAAAAAAUGCAAGCAAGAACAUUUUGAGUAACUUAUCCAAUAAGUUUUCUGAAAGUCAAUUUAAAACACUUCUAGAGAAUUUAGAGGAAGGAUUUUUUAAUUCAAUUAAUAGUUUACCAAGAAAAUUUAAUGGAAUUGAUGAAAGGGAACAACUAUCGGCGCUAAAUUUAAUUAUAGGAUACAUUAAUCUUUUUGGAAAAUACAAAUUAAAUGUUGUUUUAAUGUCUAGUGUUCAUUUAAAUAAAUUAAUGACAACAUUAAUUCAUAUAUCUGAGUUGGAGAAGACGAAUAUUAGUCUUUUGGAAGAAUAUACUGUGAAUGAAUUGGACAUAAGUCCCGACCUAAAAACACCUUGGAAAGUAUUUAGAAAAUUCAAGGAAGAUUCUAUAAAAAACAAAAUAGAAGAAUUAUGUUCUCUAUUAGCUCAAUAUGGUUCUUUGAAUGUUAUAAGUGAUUUUUUGUUGGAUAAUUUUUUAACUAACCCAGAGGAAAGAAAAGAAACCAUAUUUUUGCUAAAUGGUUUACUAAUGGGUGCUAAAAAUAGUAAAGAUCAUAAUAAUGUUAUAAAAAACAUUAUUAACAUGUACACCAACAAAAAAUAUUGGUAUAUUCCAGUACAAAUAAAAAAUGAUGAAUAUGGUUUUGAAUAUACUUUAGCUGAAAUUCAAGAUAAUGUUAUUUUGGUUUGUUUAAUGACGGAAGGAAUAGGAAAAAUAGCAUUAGUCAUUGAGGAAAAUUUUAACAAAUUCAUGCUUGGAACAUUAUAUCUUGUGUUUGAAAGAGCAGGUAGUGGGAACCCCCUAAUUAAAACCUCAGGUUUAUCAGCAUUAAAAAACAUCUCCCUGGCAUGCAAAUACAAAAAUAUAACAGAUUUGGUAAUAAAAAAUAUUGACUAUUUCAGUUUUUAUGUUGAAAGAAACUUAAACAAAAUUGAACAAAAUCAAGAUGUUUUAAAUGUUCUUACUGUAAUAUUAAAAUACAGUAAAAUCGAAGUGUUAUCAUACAUUUCAGAAAUAAUAAAAGAGGUAUUAAUGCAGUCCUGUGAUACAUUUAAAGAAAAAUAUUCCACUGGGUAUCUAAGGAUAUUUCACAUUUUUAUACAGUCAAUAAUUGUUUGGUUUGAUGUGCAACCAAAAAUUUUGCCUAUUAAAUCGAAAAAACAAAAAGAAAGGGAAGAACAGGACUUUUAUGUAUCAGGAAUUACCAAGGAAGACUUUUCAGAUGAAAUAAUGAAUAAAAGUGCUGAAGAAAUGUAUAGGGAAGACAUGGAGAAGAAAAAAAUAGAGAAUGAGGAAUUGGAAGAUGAAGUGUACAAAAAACCCGACCCCCCUUUACAUAUAAAACUUACAGUACAAAUAUUAGGAAGAAGUUUGCACUUUCUUCCUUCAAAAGACUCCUCGAGAAAACUAUUGGUCUUACAAAUAUUAAAUAAUGGUUUGGAAAUCAUUAGGGAUUGGGAUGAUGAGUUGCUACCAAUUGUUCAUCAAAUAUGGUCACCUUUGGUUAGGAGAUUUAAGGAGUUUGAUAAUUCUUUAAUAAUAAAUUAUAGUUUUACAUUACUGGUAACUUUGGCCAGACUAUCCAAGGAAUUUAUUAGGAUGAGAGCCCAAAAUGAUGUUCUUCCAUCCCUCAUGGAAAUUUUAAAUAAAUUAUCUAUUGAAAGUCAUUUAAAAGAUAAAGGAUCUGCAUAUCGAUACACCCAAGCUUACAAAUUACAAUUAAACAUUAUUCACGGAUUAGGUAGCUUAUUAAUAGAUUUAGAUGCUACAGAUAUACAUUUUAAUGUAGCCAUAACAACAAUAAUAAUUUAUUUAAGUGAUAAACAACCAGUGCCACUUCAGGAAGUUACAGUGAAUUUUUUUGAACUUUUAUGGAAAUAUAAUCCCGAUUUAAUAAACAAAAAUGUGAAUAAAUGGCUUAAUAAUACAGAGUACACUAAUUGUACAAAAAAUUUAAAUAUAAUAUGUAAGAAAUGUAAAUAAAAAAAUAACACCUGUUAUAAUUUACUAUUUAUUUUAUUUAUUAAUUAUUGUUAUUGCUGCAAAAAUAUAUUUUUAAUAA